UUUUUAUAAACAGGAAAUUAAAAUCUCGGGCAUAUUUCAACAACCAUGCGUAUCUAUGUAUUUAUGUAUGUAAAUGUGUAUGCGAGACAGGGUAAAUAAUAUACAUAUGCACUUAUUUAACUUCUCAAUGAGGUGGAAAGAAACCCAACAUGUUUGUCUAUUUGACGGCAAGGUAUAAUUUUACGACAUGAAAUGUGAUAUUAACAUGACCACAUUAAUAACUCAUAAUAUUUAAAUACGCUAUUGUACAGCGAUAAGAAAUGAGUCCCAAGUUAUCAAAUAUCCGAAUAUUUAUUACUGAAUCGGACAGUAAAAUACAGAAUGCAAUACUCUUGUUAUGCUUUCCAAGAACCUCAAUUAGCGUCGUCACUAGUCAGGACUGUUGCAUUGUAUUUCUGCUCUAGUUAGUUCACUAUUUAGUGAGCAAGCUGUACGACCAGAUUAAUUUUUACUUUUCAACUGACGAACAGACAUAUUAGAUUUUUUGGAGUUAACUACUUAAUCAAACUGUUAAUCAAAUUGUCACAAAUAUAAAGAGAUAAAAAAUGUCGAAGAUCGAUAGACAUUGCGCCUUCUGCCUAAAUUUUAUCCCUGCCAACAAAGUCAGGAUGUGCUCCAAAUGCCACAAAAGAGCAUAUUGCAGUCCUAAAUGUCAAGCUAAGGAUUGGAAACUCAAAAAUGUGGAAGAGGGGGCAGGAAGCAGGCCUGGAGUCGGACAAGGUCACAAAUCCUGGUGUGGGCUUCCUUAUGGGGAAGAAGAUCUGGACUGGAGUGUCGCCAUUGUGCCGGCGAAAGGUCUUGGGCUCAUUGCGAAGCGAUUCAUGCCAGCCAAGACUCGAAUUAUGGUGGAUGGAUUUCGAACAAGCGACAUUUUCUCGGAUCCCCGUACCUCAUGCAAAUCCCUGGGACGUAGCCGAGUAGCAAAUCACGACUGUGGAUCGAAUGCAGCCAAGAUGAUUGAUCCCGAUUUCAAGACGAUGAUUAUCUACGCUAAGAGGUGCAUCCAACCUGGCGAGGAAAUCUGUGUCAAUUAUGUUUGUUACGACGAAGUUUACACGGCCCAGAGCUAUCUGGCUGGUCAAGGCAAAAUUCUUGAGACUUUUCAGGAUGCGAGAGAAAUGUUGAGCUCGACAUGGAACAUUGUUUGUCCAUCCGAUUGUUUCUGCUGGAAUGCAGUCGUGGACAAUCUUAUUGCCAGGGGCAGAAAUAUGAGAGCAUGCAUCGUUGGUGGGGGCAAGCGCUAUACCAAAAUAGAUGCCAAGAUUGACUUGGAGAUUAUUGGAGAUUUGCUUGUCACCUGGGAGCGGGUGCAGGGGAGUUGGAUUCAAAAAGCGCAAAUUUUGGAGAUUGGGUUUGAAGUGGGGGUGCAGAGGAAGAGAACGAUGAAGCUGGCGGCUGCCUUUAUUAAGGAGGCUCAUGAAAUUUGGUCAGGAAUUGUGCAUCCGAGGGGCAGAUUUGCCAUGAAAGCGGAAAAGUUUAUGAAAAACCCAAAGGACUCGGAGAAGUAUUUGUGCUUGAAAUGACGUAAUUGUCUUUUUUGGAUGCAAUUGUCACAUUUAUGAGACAAUCAAUUUUAUAUAUUUAGAUAUGCAUUUUUUCCUGGAUUCAAUACAUCUUUAACUUUGAAGGAUAUCAAUUAUGAUAUUUAAUUAAGUUACUCAAUUAACCAAUGUUAUCGAUGUUUAAGAUUAAUUUAAAUAAUUUCCAUAAGCAUUCGGGUAAGUUUAACCAGAAAAACUAUUAACAUAAUUAAAAAAGGCCUUGACCAAUUAAACAUGAAUUAUCACCUGCGUAUGUACAUUACAUUACAUUCCUUAUAUGCAGUUUGGUUACUUGAAUUUUUUUAACUGUAGCAUACUAUUUAUGUGAAGUUAAAUUCGACGUUUAAUAAAGUCUAUCAUUUACAUCACCCUUUAAAAUACACCGCAUGUAUUUAUAAAAUAUGCAGUUUCAUGAAAUACUAAACCACAUCGCUAAGACUUCACUUGUCAUGUGACAUCAAAAAACAAGACCUAGUCAAUCUGACAUGUAUUUAAUUGUCACGUGAAAACUAUUUAUUUUAGUUGAUUCGGUAAUAUUUAUGCGGGGUGUUGAUGAAAUCAAAGCUCUGAUAAAGCGCUAAUCGAUAAAUGGGUGUGCUUCAAGAAAUUAAUUAACACCUUUCUCCAGGCAAGUAGCAUCCUAAAAUGCAUUCCUGGCUGUGUUUGACCAAGAAAUUUGCAACUAAUUAAACCUUGCAAAUAAAAACGUGACUCUGAUUAAUAGUAUUAUUUUAGUGGUAAAUAUAAAUAUCUACGCCACAUAUAAAUAUAUACAUACAUACAUACAUAAAUAAAAAUAUACAUAAAUAUGUGCAUGAACUAAUCUUAAGGCUUAACUUGCUGCACAAUACAGUUGAUGAGUCAGUAUUGUCAGCAUUUAAGUCAAAAUAUUAAUUCAUAGUGGCAAAAACUCUUAAAUUUUACAAUUUGUUUCUCUACAACUAUAUGAAAAGCCGAAUAUUUAAAAGUAAGUACAUUUGAUUAACGUAUGCAAAUUACAUAAGAGACAUGCUACGAGUUCAUGUACUUAUGUAAUACACGGUCGUCUCAUCACUGUUCGGGCUGAAACCAUCGUUACCACGAGCACAUGUCAGAAAAUUUUACACGCUACAGAUUUCUCUCAUAUUAAACGAUUCCUCUUAAAAAUGACCAUACUGACCCUGGGUGCUCGAAUCCCUUUGGUAAUAUUUUUGGGACUGGUCAGCUUUGCCACCAUCGUUGGAAACAGUUUGGUCCUUCUCGCCUGGAUUUUUUAUAAACCGGUCCGAAAACCACAGAACAGUUAUCUCAUCUCAUUAGCAACUGCGGACCUUUUGGUCGGCGUGUUCCUUGCGCCCACGAUGAUUGGCGAACUUGGGUCAGAAGCUUGGCCUUGGGGUCGGCUGUGGUGUCAAAUUUACAUGCUCUUCGCCUGGCUACUCGCUACAGCCUCGGUCCUGCACCUCAUCGCAAUUUCUAUGGAUCGCUACCACCUAAUUUUCGACACUCUCACCUACAUGCGGAGACGGACCUUCCCAUUCUUCCUAAGGAGGAUCUGUCUCAUCUGGACGUUCGCCUUCUGGCUGAUCUUUCCACCGGUCAAGGAUUGGGAGGCGAUUGGUGACCGAAGCGAACAAUUGGGUCUGUGCGUGUCCACCAUGUCGAGGGAUCUCAGCGUCCACUUAGCCUUUGGGAGCUACGUCCUCCCAGUCGCUUUAUUGGUCUCGACGUACGCCGCCAUUUAUCAAAAACUGCAACACAGGAGGGAAGUACUGCAGAGUAGGAUGAGCACUAAUUAUUCUGAUACAACUAUUACAAUGGGUCAUCCUCACGGGCGAUACCAUAUUCAUAGGUCGACAAGUACAAUAAUUGGGAAGAACGGUGAAGAUCCGGCAUUAACUUUGACAAAAAAUCGUACUGCUGCAAAAAUGUUGGGGAUUAUAAUUUUAGCGUUUGCCUUGCUUUGGCUCCCCUUUACUUUGGGAUAUUCCAUUAUUGGAUUUAUUCCCGAAGAAAGUCGACCUUCUCCGGUUAUCCUGCCAAUAAUUGUGGCCAUCGGGUACUCAAAUUCGGCCUGCAAUCCCUGCAUUUACGCGUACGUUAAUCCUGACUUUAGAAAGGGGUUUACCAAAAUCCUGCUAUUUUGGAGGAAGGCGCAUUAGGAUUUUGUUUAUGAAUUAUUUAUAGUGCAUUAUCGAGUGGUAAUUGUAUAAAAAUUGUAAAUUAUUAGAUGACAAACAUGCAUUAAUAAAAUUGCAUAAUGUGUUA